CGCGUUCUACUUCUUGAAUCGUGGAAAGAGUUUGAAACUAAUAAUGGCACAGAAGAGAUGCUAUCUGCCGUUGAAGCGAAGAUGCCGAAAGUGGUGAAGAAACGACGGAAAUUGGAAGAAACUGAUGGACAAGGGGUCGUAUGGGAAGAAUACUUUGACUAUAUUUUCCCUGAUGAUCAAGCACAGCAACCGAAUUUCAGACUGUUGGCUAUUGCACAUGCUUGGCGCGCACAG